AUGACACUCCUGGACUUCCACAAUUUGUCCUUUGAGGAGAAGGUCCAUGUGGUGAUUGUUGGUGGUGGGUUUGGUGGUAUUGCAGCUGCCCAGCAUCUCAAAAGUCUCCGGGUACCCUUUAUGCUGAUUAACACAUUAGACUCCUUUCAGCACAAUGUUGCAUCACUGCAUGCUUUAGUUCAAAGUGGUAUGUUAAAUAAAACCUUUAUUCCAUACAAAACAACAUUUGGACUCAAUUUCCUUCAGGGGCGUGUGAUACGAAUAGACACUACAGAAAAAUUUGUUGUGCUUGACAAUGGAAAGGAAGUAAGUUAUUCACGCCUCAUCCUCUGCACUGGGUCAGAUGGACCUUUUCCUGGGAAAUGCAACAUUAUGGAUUCCUACCAGAAAGCAUAUUGUGAAUAUAAUCUCCUUUCUCAGGUCCAGGCAGCUGACUCGGUGCUUAUGAUUGGUGGGGGAGCCACUGGUGUGGAAAUGGCUGCUGAAAUCAGGACAGAAUAUCCAAACAAGAAGGUAAUUCUUAUUCUCUCACGUGAUGCCCUAGCUGAUUCACAGCUGCUCCCCAGCGUAAGAGAAGAGGCCAGACAGGUACUGCUGGAGAAGGGAGUGGAAUUAUUUCUAGGCGAAAAAGUUUUAAACCUGAAUCAUGCUGCCAUUCAGCUGAAACUGAAUGGCAGCAUGAUCAAGACAGAUAAGAAUGAGCAGUUCACCGUUGACCUUGUUAUUUGCUGUACAGGGAUCAAGAUCAAUUCAGAUGCAUACAGGUCCAGUUUAGAACCCCCCUCCAACGGGGGUCCCGGGCGCCUGUGCGAGCUGUCUUUCGCUGCCACGGAAAGCGAGGCAGCCUCCGUCGGGCAGCAGAGGAGGGGAGCAACACCCCCACCGGGGUUGAAAGUCGGAGCGCCGCCCCACUUCCGGCGCCGCCGGUGCGGCUCCUGA